AUGAGUGGUCAGGCUGCGAGCUACUACAAUUCCGGCCAGGACUUUGGCGACAAUCCUACCCAGAAGCCACAAGGGGCGCCCUACCAGCCGGGCUACGACAGCCAGCCGGGCUACAACGGUGCAGGUUACGAACGAGGCCCCGAGCCAAAGCCGCCGCAAGGACCGCCGCCACAGGGACCCCCGCCGACCUACAAUCAGGCAGUUUAUGGCUUCGACGAUGCGUUCAAGAUCGAGAAGCCCAAGUUCAACGAUAUCUGGGCAGGUCUGCUGCUCAUCGCUGUAUUCCUGGGGUACGUUGCCGUGUCGGGAGUGGCUAUCCACCGAUAUGCCAAGUACAAAGGCUUCAACGGAGGCGGUAUCUACGACUCGUCCAACACCUUCUCCCUCGAUACCAACACGCUCGUGCUGUUCAUGUUCGUUCUCUGUGUGGCACUCGCCUUCUCCUACGCGUAUUUUCUAGGCGCUCGGUACUUUCCCAAACUCUUCAUCUGGGUCACCGGAAUCCUCAACAUUGUCUUCGCCUUGGCCACUGGUAUCUACUACAUCGCACGGAAGCAGUACGGCGGCGGCAUCGUGUUUCUGGUCUUUGGCGUGUUCGCCAUCGUCUGUUUCAUCAGCUGGAUUCCCCGUAUCCCCUUCACCGCGUUCAUGUUAGAGACCUCGAUCGACGUGUCUCGGAAGUACGGCCACAUGUUUCUGGUGAGCACGAUCGGCGGCAUAGUGGCCGUUGCCUUCAGUGCGUGGUUCUCCGUGACGCUGGUGUCUAUCUAUGUCGCCUACGAGCCGAACGGCAGUGGCGUCAACCCGGCCUGUCGCGAUGGAGGAUGUAGCACGGCACGGGUCAUCGGGCUGGUCGUGUAUGUCACGUUCGCGAUGUACUGGUUUAGCGAAUGGGUGAAGAACACUGUGCACACGACCAUCGCUGGCGUCUACGGGUCCUGGUAUUUUUGGAGCAACUCCCCCAGCGGCAUGCCGAAGGGGGCGACUCGCGGCGCGUUCCGGCGUGCGACAACCUACUCGUUCGGUAGUAUCAGUUUCGGCAGCCUUAUCAUCGCCAUCAUCAACAUGCUGCGUCAGGCAUGUUCGGUCGCCCAACGUCACGAAGCGGCCCAGGGCAGUCUCAUCGGGAGCAUUGGGUUCUGGGUCCUCGGCUGCUUCAUCUCCCUGUUGGACUGGCUCGUCACGUUCUUCAAUCGCUACGCCUUCUGCCACAUUGCGUUAUACGGGAAGGCCUACAUCCCCUCUGCAAGGGAUACUUGGACCAUGAUGAAGGAUCGGGGCGUUGAUGCCCUCGUGAAUGACUGUCUGAUGGGGCCGGUGCUGACCAUGGGGUCAGUCUUUGUAUCUUACGUAUGCGCUCUGCUGGCGUAUCUCUACCUCCAGUUCACCCACCCGCCGUACAACGACGGAGGCGAUUUUACGGCGGUCAUCAUGGCGUUCGCGUUUGUCAUCGGUCUGCAGAUUUGUCAGAUCUUCAUGACCCCGGUGGGCAGCGGGAUCGAAACCAUCUUCUCCGCCAUGGCGUGGGACCCGCAGGUGUUGGUGCACGAUCAUCCAGACCUGUAUUAUCGUCUGGUGCAUCUGUAUCCGCGCGUGCAGCAAGCGAUCCAUGCGUGA